AUGUCAGAGCAGCACUCCGAAGCCAUGAUCCCACUCCCCAUCGACAAGUCACUCCCUCUCGUCGUCAUGGACUGCAUCAUCCAACACGCAGUCCGGGAGGCCGACAAGCCGACCGACAUCCUCCUGGUCAACAAGGGGUUCUUCCCUGUAGCCGCCCGCGUCCUCUACCACUCCCCUGUCAUCAUCACCAGACCCGACUCCUUCUUCGAGCACGGCGGUCGCGUACCACCCCCGGGAUUCCGGAACAUGACGACCUCAGACCUCGUCGAGCGAGGCUAUUUCAAGUACGCCGCCCUUCGAGCUGUGCGCAGUGUCAGCAUCGUCGACCCUGCGACCCUUACCUCCUUCGACCGGUACUCCUCAUACAUCUUCCCCUCGUACGCGACAUACCCUCUCUCCUCAGCCGCGACCAUGGCGACCAUGCUUCGAUCGCGCAGGCUCAACGAACCCUUGUACCAGCUCUACCGUUGUCCAGACGCUAUACCCUCCGGAGUCAUGCCAAACCUAUCGACGGUACGGAUAGUUGCCAGCGACUGCGCCAGCGGCUGGAGCAGGGACGCCUACCAAAGUCAGCGCACGGGCCUCGUGAUUGAGCUUUACAACAAGCUAUUGAAGCGGACGCAAGCUCAAUCAUGGUGUGUGUCCCCCGCUAGGAUCACGAUCUCACACACAUGA